CCAUCUCACACAGACCACCAACACAAUUUUGAAAUCUGAACAACGUCUUGGACCUGUGCUACGUGCACUUUCGAACCUCUCUCUCCAGCUGUCAUCACAAAUAGUUCCCAGCAUCCUGCUUUUCUUCAGCUCCUCCCGCCCCGCACCCAACCCCCCCCCCCCCCCAAAGGCACAGACGUCCGUCUCAUCGCUCUUCUAAACUCUCCAGAAGCUUCAAAACGGAUACGCUCCAGGUACAGCUGCCGGGCGAUCAUGAGCCUUGGCUCACCACGUUGCGCCUGAGCCACCAUGGACGCCAACGUCCAGCGUGCUCUCAACGACAAGCUCUACGAGAAGCGUAAAAUCGGGGCGCUCGAGCUUGAACGUGUGAUCCGAGAGCUUGCAGCUGUCAAGGACUAUGACAGGAUCGCUGCUAUCCUCGACCAGCUCUGCAACGAGUACGCCUAUGCUGUCCAUCAGCCCCACGCUCGCAAUGGAGGGCUCAUCGGCCUGGCUGCUGCCGCCAUAGCCCUUGGUUCGGAGCUUCCGCGAUAUCUCGAGGUUAUCGUCCCCCCCGUGCUGGCUUGCUUCACCGACCAGGAUGCACGAGUUAGGUAUUAUGCAUGCGAGGCAAUGUACAACAUUGCCAAGGUCGCCAAGGGGGAGAUUCUCAAAUAUUUCAAUCAUAUAUUCGACGCCCUCUGCAAGUUGGGCGCAGACUCCGAGCUAUCUGUGAAGAAUGGAGCCGAGCUUCUUGAUCGUCUCAUCAAAGACAUCGUGUCCGAGUCGGCAGCAACCUACAUCAGCGUCCUGGAGAUGUCCAACGCCGACGUCGUGGGUGAUGAGAAGAUCACCAAUGACAAGGAUGUUAUCGAUGAGCCCGCAAGCUUACCCACCGCCUUCUCGCUGGAGCAGUUCAUUCCCCUGCUCAAGGACCGCGCUUAUACCAUCAACCCCUUCACCCGCACAUUCCUCGUUGGCUGGAUCACUUUGCUUGACUCGAUUCCCGAUCUGGAACUGGUUACGUUCCUGCCAGAGUUCUUGGGUAAUCUACUCAAAUUUCUAAGCGAUCCGAAUCGCGAUGUGCACCAGGCCACCCAGGCUUGCCUUGACAAAUUUCUGAAUGAGAUCAAGCGCAUAUCUCGGGUCAAGAAGGGCAUCGUGGAGAGCAAGAAGUCCAAAGGGGAGGGCAAGCGUAAGCGGGAGGAGUCUCUGGACAGUGGCAGCGGUCAUGUGGCCCUCGACGAAGGGGACGAGCUUGACUCUACCUUGGCCGACGACGAGGAUGACGACACAAGCAGUGAAGACGACUGGAUCCCUGGACAGGAUGUUCAGAUCAAUUACAAGGCAAUCCUCGAGAUCCUGACUGCCUCUCUCGAUCAGUCCAAUCCGAUAGGGCCAUCGAAAAUAAACGACCGCGUGGGGUUCGCUUCCGGCACAGAUGAGGAUGGCCUGCUGGAAUCGCUCAAGUGGAUUGUUGAGUUCUUGGACAUAUGUCCCGAGGAAGUCCUGCCCUUUACCCCAAAGAUCCUGGCCCAUCUACUUCCUGCGAUGGCUAGCGGAGUCGAGUCGAUCCGCAUGGCAGCUGCAAGAGUGAACAACGCGCUGAUGGACUAUGUUGUUUCGCUGUCUGACGAGCCGGAGCUCUCCUUGUCCCAGCGGGGGUCCAGGGUCCCACUGGCCGGAGAGCGUCAGGAAGGCGGCCCCAGUGGUCGGGCGUCUCUGGCCAGUGCUCGGGAGCUCGAUACACCGAGCCCCACACCAAAUGUGCAAGGCCCGUCGACUGCAGAGGUUACGCCUCGAGGGCCAACACCUGCGCCGUCGAACAAUCCCCAGGCGGACCUGGACUAUGCAGCAGCUGUCAAUUCCCUGACCCUGCUGUUUCUGAAUGACCAUGAGGCAACUCGGGUGGCCGCGCUGACCUGGCUCAUCAUGCUGCACAGAAAGGCACCCCGGAAAGUCCUUGCCUUCAAUGAUGGGACGUUCCCUGCCCUGUUGAAGACGCUUUCGGAUCCUGCAGAAGCAGUCGUCACCAAGGACCUACAGCUACUUUCCCAAAUCUCCAGGAACAGUGAGGAUAGCUAUUUCACCAACUUUAUGGUAAGCCUGCUACAGCUCUUUUCGACAGACCGCAGGUUACUAGAGACGAGGGGAAAUCUCAUCAUACGUCAACUGUGUGUCAGCCUGAGCGCCGAACGCAUCUAUCGCACCCUGGCAGAUUGUAUUGAGAAGGAGGAAGACGUCGAGUUCGCCAGCAUCAUGGUGCAAAAUCUCAACAACAAUCUCAUCACUGCCCCUGAGUUGUCUGAGCUGCGCAAGAGGCUACGGAAUCUCGAGUCCAAGGACGGUCAGGCCUUCUUUGUGGCACUCUUCCGAUCGUGGUGCUACAAUGCCGUCGCGACGUUCUCGUUAUGUCUCCUCGCUCAGGCCUACGAGCAGGCUUACAACUUGCUCCUAAUCUUCGCUGAGUUGGAGAUGACGGUAAACAUCCUCAUCCAGAUCGACAAGCUGGUCCAGCUUCUGGAGUCGCCGGUAUUCACAUACCUCCGACUUCAACUGCUGGAACCAGAGAAGUACCCUCAUCUGUACAAAUGCCUCUACGGAUUGUUGAUGCUGCUACCGCAAUCGUCCGCCUUUGCCGCCCUCAAGAACCGACUGAACAGCGUUAGCUCCAUAGGAUAUUUACACAUCGCACCCAGAUCUUCGGCCACAACCCCAAGUGCUUCAUCGUUCGAUAGACCUAAUCGGCUCAAAGGCCGUGAGGAAGGUAUCAUACGGUGGGCAGAGCUGCUCGAAAAGUUCCGCAGCGUUCAGGAACGUGCCAGGAGAGCGCAGAGACUAGGUGGGGAUCUGGAUGACAGACCGACUCUGGGAAUAGGCGAUCUGCGCAUCACGGACAGCCUUGAGAUGCCUGCCGCGAAGGCGCCAACGGGACGAGCACCACCCGUGCCUCUCAAAGACACACCUGCGCCUCUGCCUCCAGCCGCCAAGCCUAGGUCAGGCCUCGGUAGGCAGUUUGGCAGGCUCGGCGCGACGGUAGGAAGGAAGAGGGGGCAGCCACAGUGAUGAUAGAACUUGUGUCCCUUGGUCUUUUUUCUCUCGUCUCUUUUUCUUCUUUUAUUGUGGGAAAGAUCAUAGCGUACCAUAAUACCCAGUCGCGAGGAAAUGUUGGUCCAGGGGCAGGAAUUCAUCAGAUGCUAGACAGACUAUACAUAUCAUGCCUUGCCUUGCCUUUCGC